CACUAAGUCCGAAUUAGGGGUAGCUUCGGGAGGGGUACUGCUGUCAGUAUCUCCCAAGUACCAACCCAUCUUUAUCCAUAUUAUCUUUAUCUUCACACGCGAUUGUUAACUAUCAGGAUAAGUGCAGCGUCACCGUCCUGCUUCUAGCCCAGAAGUGGGCCUACUGUACCGAGUUGAGCAGGAGAGAUAUAUUCCCUCGGAGGGUAAACGAUGAAAGAUACAGAUUUGAUCUGAUGGCUUAUCCUUCGCGCCCUACCUCAAUGUUUGCGCCGGGGACAUCGGCAGCAGCAUCCCUUCGCCAACCCAGCGGUCACCAUAAUAUUUCUCAACAGCAGUCCACUGCGCUAGCUUCUCGUAUUGCUGCCAAGCAGGCCGAAUUGGACAACCUGAAACAACUACGAGACAUGAGUGCCUCGCUCGCGGUGCAAAUGCAAACCCUAGAAAGCAAGCUGGGCACAUUAAAAGAUGGCACGGAAGCCGUCGCGUGUGUGCUUGCAAAUUGGGACAAUGUUUUACGGGCAAUCGGGAUGGCUUCCACAAAUGUUGCACAUACGAAGGGGACAACGGGGCAGGCAUCGGGGGCUGGGCCCAAAGAUGGCACCUCCGACGGUCCGAUGCCAGCCACGUUGGUCCGAAUACCGGAAGCGCAACAGAACGCUUCAAACAAGCGAUGAAUAAGACGAAUUUAAUAUCUGAAUUUGUUCCCGUUUGGGUCGAGUCGUUUUGACUUUUUGGGAUGGCUAGUACAUAUCACACCAUCUAUCGCGCAGUUAGACCACGUUGGAGAAGAUGGCUGGAUCGAUUUACACUGGACUAUGCGUCUAUAUGUCGGCUCAUUUUUCCCAUUAAAGGCGUUACCCUUGUUAUAUCCGACGAUCAUAUCCAAUCUGCAACACAAUUUGUAUCGAGAUACUUGUCAGAUGUGGGAGCCAUACAGCCCACCUGUAUUUAUACUUCACUCGAGAAAGGCGUCUUAGAGGGUGAAAAGUUUCCACGAAGACGGCUCUCUUAUCCGGCGCUUUAUCUGGGUGCCGAUCCGCUUUUUCAAUUUAUCUUUUGCACUGAGUGGGGCGGACGCAAAGUGGGCAUAUGGCGUGUGUAAACCACGUAUUGCCAUCAUACAGGGGGAAUACUAUCUAUCAUUCUAUUGGUGUGGAUGGCUCGGGGAGAGAUACCCAAAUUGUGAGAUGACCAGCGACAGGAUAGGUCAGGCAACA